GUAAGAAGCGUUGUGCUGUUUCUUUAUAAGGGCAGGAGAUAGGUUAAACUAAAGAUGUCGUUUCAAGAUGUGUUGAAAAGAGGUGACGACUUUCUUUCCGAAUAUCCUAGACGGUCAGCAUUUUGGAAUUAUGCUUCUCAUGCUACUUGCUUAGCUAUGAUCUUGCAGUCGAAGCUACUUUUAAAUGUAUUGUAUAAACCAAGAUUGCAUAAUAUAGAAAAAUUAGAUGUUGCCUUAACUAAGGCAAGGGAAGAGAAAAGAUCAUUAUUAACUGUGAUGAAUCAUAUGUCUGUAGUAGAUGAUCCAACAUUCUUUGCAGCCUUACCAAUGAGAUUUCAUUUACAUGUUGAUGAUAUUAGAUGGGGAUUUGGAGCUCAUAAUGUAUGUUUCUCAAAUUUAGCUCAAUCAUGGUUCUUCAAUUUAGGAAAGAUUUUAGGUACUAAAAGAUUUGGUGAAGGUCCUUUUCAAGGUUCAUUAGAUGCAGCCAUUAGAAUUUUAAGCCCCGAUGAUACUUUGGAUCUUGAAUUUACUCCGGGAGUUAAAGAUAUUGAAAAGCCAAACUUAUUACAAGAGAUUAAUAAUUUAGGUCCUAAACCAAAAAAUUCUCAAGAGUUGGUUAAAUUUAUAAAACCAUCACCUGAAUCUACAAAUGUAUUAAUGUCUAAAUCUCCAUUUAUACGAUCGAAAACUUCAUGGUUUCACAUUUUCCCUGAAGGAUUUGUUUUACAACUUGAAGAGCCUCAUCAUAAUUCAAUGAGAUAUUUCAAAUGGGGUGUAUCCCGUCUUAUUUUGGAAAGUACUAGAGCACCAGUUGUAGUUCCUGUAUUUGCAUUUGGAUUUGAAAAAAUUGCUCCUGAAACCACCGAAGAUAGAGGAUUUAGAAGAUGGUUACCAGAUAAUUUAGGAGCAGAAGUUCAUAUCAGUAUUGGAGAACAAUUUCCAGAUUUUAAAAUAGAAGAAUAUAGAGAAAAAUGGAGAAAAUUGGUAAAGAAAUAUAUAGAUCCAAAAAAUCCUACUGAUCUCACCGAAGAAUUAAAAACAGGUAAAAAAGCUCAAAAAAUUAGAUCAGAUUUAGCAGCUGAAUUAAGAGAAGCAGUAUUAUCUAUAAGAGAAUCACUUGGAGUAUUUAAACCAGAAGAUCCAAGAUUUAAAGAUCCAAAAUUUUGGAAAAUAUUUACAUCAACUGAAGGAAUGAGUGAUCCAGAUGUUAAAUUUUCUGGUUUAAAUUGGGCUAUUAGAAGAUUACAACUGCAUUUACCUGAUUUUUCUCCAACAAAGCCUAAGGACUAAUAAUGGUAUCACAUUAAUGACAGACAAUUUUAAAAUGUAUAUAGUAAGAAGUAAUAUAUUGUUCAUGUAAUUUAAUAAUUUAAUAAUUUAAUAAUUUAAU